AGGCUUAUUUCGUUCCACGAUCAGAAGUAAAAGAUGGAUGUACGAGAUUAGCCAAAAACCUUGAAUCGCCUAGUUAUGAAGAUGUUAAAGCAUGUUACGAAGGAAUUAAGUAUGAUGAUAAACGAGCAAAACAAUUGAUUGAUGUAACAGAAGGGAUUAUGUCAAAUUUUUAUCCUUUUCUUGACCAAGCUAAAGAAAACCCAGAAAAUGGUUUUAGUUUUGAACCUAUAGACUUGAAAAAAGAACUAAACUCAUUACGUCACAGGAAUUAUAAAUCUGAUUUUGAAUUCAUAAUCAUGGAAGACGAUUUAGAACCAUCAAAUAAGGGUUGCGAAGUAAUAGAAAUAAAUGGUCAGGAUGCUCUAAAAGUAAUCAAAAAAUUUGCUAAUGAGAGUGUCGUAGGCUCAAGAGAUCUAGGUGUCCGAUUUAAUUUAGCAUUGACUUCUCUCUCUAAACAAUUCGAUUCUUGGUCUAGCGCUAAAGGAACUGAUCAAUUUGUAAAUAGACGUGAUUUACCAGAAACCCCUACUAUUACUUAUACAUUAUCAUGUUCUGGAAAAAAACGCCCUUUAGUCAGAAAAUGGAGUGUAUUUUCCGUGGGUGUAAAUGAUUUUAAAGAUACUAAAAGCUAUUUUGAACAAAAUUGUUUACCUAACCAAGAUAAUCCAAGAGUAGAACCAGGAGAAGAAGUUGAUGUUCGCUUGAUUGGUGACAUUGGUAUUGCAAGAAUUGGAACUUUCAGUUUUGGAACUCAAAAAUUACUUGAUAUGAAGAAAGGUCUUCAAUAUUUAUCCAAUAAGGCUAAAAAGCUUGUUAUAGAUUUAUCAAAUAAUGAAGGUGGUUUUGUUGGCUCGGCCCAGGUCAUAUGUGCACUCCUACUUCCAUCAAACGGCUUUUUUCCAGACGACGUAAAGAUUACAAAUAUUACUAAGCAAAUGCUAAAUCCUGGUGGUCUCCUCGAUAUAAGCGAUGAUAUUUCAUUCCCCUCUGGAAAAAAAUUUUCUAGUAUAAAAGAUUUCAUAGGCAACAACUUUAUUGAAAGAGGCAAUACAACUUCAAGAUAUUCUAACAAAUUUACUUUUCAACUUGAUAACGAACUCUUAGAUAUAAUUAAAGAUAAACCAAAACUUAAGUGGACAAAACACAAUACUAUAAUUUUAACUAAUGGAUUUUGUGGAUCUGCUUGUGCACAAACAGCUCAAUAUCUAGUUGAGAUAGGCGAAUUUCCAACUGUCGCUGUCGGCGGUUUCUAUAAAACUCCCUUAUCAUAUUCUUCUUUUGUUGGUGGGGAAGUUCUUUCUUACGAUAGCCAAUCUAUUAAAAUCAAUGGUAUCCCUGACUUCCCGUUAUCAGGCGAGCUUCAGUUUACUGCAACUGAGUCAUAUAGUGUUAACGAACCAAAUAAGGUUUUAGACUUUUUAUAUAGACCUGCUAAAUAUAGAAUUUAUUACAAUGAUCAAAAUGCUAGGGAUCCUAGAAUAUUGUGGAAUGAAGCUGCUAAAUUUUUAGAUUAA